AUGGCCACCGUGUUUGAAGGGUUGAUGUCGUCCCGUCGUCGGCCUUCAAGGUCUCAAUCAGAGUCUGGGAAGCAGCUUCAUUCUAGAUGGGGGGACGCCUCGAUUAGCGCUCCCAACGGCGGUGGCUGGAGUCAGCAUUAUCUGGAGGACGACCCAGACAACGUCGUCUACCACGCCCACGGCAGUCCCGAUUCCCAGAAAACACUGGUCAGCGACUCCCCAGACCUGAGCAUCAAAGAGGAUGUCGGGAAGGUCAGCAUCGAAGAGCUUCGCCAGUCAACGCCUCCAGUCAACCAAAAGGAACGAGGAACAAUAACCAUCACCAUUCCUCUGCCCUGGGUGCGCCGGUCACAUCGAAGAUCAUCAUCCGGAGCCAAACAACAAGCCCAGGCCGCUCAGAUUGUCGAGAAAGUCGUCACCGCGGAGUCACGGCCCCCUCUCCCCAGCCUUGCCACCAGCAUCGAUGAAGUCAUCGUUGCGGAAUCACGACCAACCCCUGAAGUUUAUCGGGCCGUGUCACCAGUUGUCCAGACUCGAUCGCCGGUGUAUGACGAUGUCAGCACAUUCUUUACCAGGGCCAUCUUCCCCGAGAAGCACCCUGGGCCGAGAAGUCUGCCACAGAUCCAGACUUCGGUUCCGAUCAACAAGAGCCAACCGGCUUCAGCUCUGUCCAUCCUGAGCCCUGUGGCAGAGAAAUACAAUGGCAUGUCCGAAAGCAACAACGCAACACCCAUGGACAACACCCCGAUUGCCCAUCGCAUUGCUUCUGCCAUCGACACCACUACCGAGGAUUUCAUCGACGUCUCGACUCUGACCGAGCGUUUGGCACAACAAGCUCGCCACCCAUCACCAUCACUCCCACCAUCCCGAGUAACCAGUCCAAUCGAGGCUCCCAUUGAGAGGCCCGACUCACGUAGCACCGCCAACUUCCCGUCACGGCCUGCUUCCAGAGGACCGGGCAUCGGUGAGGUGGCGUAUAUGCGAGCUUCAUCCAGAGGAGCUGCAGAACACCAUGAUGGACGUCGGUCUGCGUCACGGGAGCCUUUGGCACGGCGAGCUCCAUCAGCGGACCCCGUCCGUCGCAGAGCACCCUCACGAGAUAGCGGAAGACGACGGGCAGAUUCUCCGAGAGCAAUGAGUGGCCGCUCCUACUCCAAAGAAGCAGUUGGUCGAGGAGACGCAGCUCGCGAGCCGACUCCUGCUCCUGCAGCGAUCGCAGAGCCUGCAGAGCCACGGGCUGGCCGUGACCUUUCCAUGGAGCCUCUCCGUCCUCGCGCCGAGUCUCCAGGUCCUGCAACUCGACGAGCCCACUCCCGCGGGGCUUCUGCUGGCCGUGAUCUGUCCCCGGCCAGAUUCAGCCGCCGAGCAAUCUCUCGCGAGCCAGUGACUCGUCACCGCUUCUCUGGCGACUUCACCAGACGGGCCAUGUCAGUCGACCCCAUUCAUCGCCGUGCCAGUCCGCGCGAGGACAUGAUUCCCCUCCGUGCAUCUCCUCCUUUGAACAUGAAACGCAACGAAGGCGAUCUAUCAGACUCGCUCCCGGCCGAUGACCUCACCUCCGAUGAGACCACAGACAUCGAGACCGAGACGGACGAAAUGUACUUCGAAUCUCGAAAGGGCUGGAACGGUCCCGCGGUGACAGGAGCGACGAGCCGGGGCUUCUACAACGGCGUCAUCAGCGACUACAAACUGAUUGCCCGGGAUGUGGAGGCCGAGCAGACCCAAGGAAGCGGGCCCAAGCAGCCAGCUAUCGAACUGGUCAAAUUGAUCAAGAGGGACAAAUUCGACAUGGAGGUCGGCAAGGAAGUCAAGAAGUAUGGAGGUCCGGACAUGGUGCCCAACCAAGAGGAAUUGUGGGGAUGA